AUGGAUGUGACCAAACCAGAGUUGCGAUGCCUCCUUGCGGGAGGUGCGGGAGGUUCAGCCCGCACACGUCGUAAGCGCAACAAUCCACAGCAUGAGUCACCACAAAGCCUGGCUACUGCUUUGACAAAUGUGAUCCAGCAGUGGCAGCCUAGCAAUCAAAAUACGCCUGAAGACCACACUUGGGGGUGGCGGAAAAGAAGGAAACAAGCAAAUAAUUCAUGGCAAGGAUACCGGGCUGACAGCUCUCCUGACACCAGCCUAGCUCGCGAAUUGCUACAGCUUCUCCAGAAACUUUGCGCAAACCAAGCAAGUGACCAGGAAGUGAUCACAGCCACCAGCAGGCUGAUUGACACCAACCAAGGACACAGCCGUGACCUUGGGAAACCAGUUGCGGUCAGGGAAGUCAGAUACAGCAAGCCCCAGAGUGGAGCGAAAGCUUCAAAUCAUGGUGCCAAUCGCUGGGGAAAACAGACCAACCCCAACCGAGGCUGCAGCCAUCAAGAUAUCACUGGUUUUGUGCCCAGCGAAUGGAAUGCCCAACCAAAGUUCCUAUCCGUGCAUGAGAUCAUUUCUCAGAUAAAAGCAGGAAUAGCCUUGCAAGCCAACAUCUCCGAAGUUUACACCAAAGAACAGUGUGCGAACCUGCGCACCCUUUGGCAUAGCUAUGGGUGCAAGGGCUCUUUGACCAUGCUGCUCACCAAGGAUGCCAAAGACACCCUGGGGGCCACGGCUACCCGUGUUCGCAUAUCCAGGGCGCAUGGCACACCGAAAAUUGAAGAAAUAGCUCUCCUGCGCUUAGGAGAUACCAACAGUGGAUUGUGGAUCUUGCCCGCAGUCAAAGUUGAUGAGGGGAAAAUCAAAACAGUCCAAAGAAGCACUGUCAGAGUCAUUGCACCUUUGGAAUUCCGAAAGCACUUCUUGGAUUCAGGCCAAGACCUACCCAGAUUGGUGGCGGCUGCCAUGGCCCAGUGGAGUGAAAAAAUAAAAGCCUCUCACCUCAUGGGUGGCAAAUGGAAUCACACGCAGGUCCAUCAACAAGACUUGCUCACAGGCUGGCUGAUUUUGCCAACAGAACAGGCUAAGGAGCUUGUUGUCAAUAGCGGUCGCCAGGGUGUUUUUGCCCAGAUCCAAGAAAACAAUACUGGACCCAGGCCCAUCCGUUGGUUUCAACGACAGAACAACGAAAAUGCCGAGACCUAUUUGCAAAGAUGUCUCAAGGGCCAAGCGGCCAACUACCUCCUCCGAGGGGCUCCAAAGAUGUGGCAGACUGAAGAGAUCGAAGAUUUUCUCAAUCAACAGAAAUGGAAAGCCGUGCAACGCAUUUCCAAAGUGAGAUAUCGAAACGAAUGGCGUUUUCAUGCCCAGCCACCUUCAGCUAUGCAGGAAAAUUACCAUUACGAUUUGGCAGAAGGCUACAUGUCAUGCAUCCCAGCUCCUGUCAGACAACACCAGCCAACCUGGCAACAACCUGUCAGAAACACAUGGCGAGGAAAUGAGCUGGGGAAAAUUGGAAAUGAAGCCAACAAUCCUGGCGAUACCGGUGACGUCAUGGCAACUGCUCUGGAUCAGGACUCCAGUCAAGCUUCACAAAAAGAGGCUGGUAGGGAAAGAAGUCGGAGCCCAGUUCGCUCCAAGCAGCGGCAGGCUGUUGCAGAUGACCCAGAUUUGAUCCCAACAGACAUCGCGGAAUGUUUCAAAAAUGGCUGGGAAAGUCAAGAUGUUGGUGGCAAUGGAGAUUGUUUUUAUCGAAGUAUUGCUGCUUGUCAACACUGGCAAAAGCAUCAUAAGUUGAUCACUGCUGAAACUGCUGCCCUCUGCGGGGCAGAGCUUCGUGCGUCAGCUGUUUUGCACGCCCAGAAGCAUAGUAGCAGGCUCUCUAGCUGGUUUGCGCCAGAUUCCAAAGAAACCCCCGCUGAAAGGGGGUGCAAUCCGCAGGCAACGAACAUCAGUGAAUGGUGUGAACUGCAGAUGAAACAGGAAGUCUGGGCAGAUGGCCUUAGCAUCCAGUGCCUGGCUGAGACCUUGGGACUUGUCAUUGUGAUUUUCAAACAAUCAGAGGAUAGAUGGGACAGAUUCACAUUCGCACCUGGCUUUAAGCAGGAUGUUGCAAUGAGCAGACGCAAUGGACUCAUGAUGUCCAUUCGCAGUCUUGCAUGUCGCAUGCUCCUGACCGGAGACACAACGCUUCGAAGAGGACGACAUUCUGAGCCACUUGUGCAAGCUAGGGAUACUGCUCGUGCCAAACGAAACACCAGAGAUCGCCUAGGGCCCAAGUUCAAAGCCAUCGCCAGCAUCCAAGCAAAACAGGCUGGCACUGGAUUACAUGUGCACCCUGGGAGCCUGGGUUCCGCCGGAGGGUUUCCUUUUGUUUGCGUCAAAUGCAACAAGAAAGUUUCGUAUCCCACAGAUUCGUGCUGCCCAAACAACAUGCCUAGUAAGAGCCGCGAUGUCUCUAAGCAGGGUCGCAGAGCUGUUUGGAAGGCCAUUUUGGCCAAAGCCAACAAGCAAGCCGCAGCGGCAAAGCUGUGCACGGUCAAAGAGCAGAGAGCACAAAGGGCGGAAGCAAACAGAUUGCAGAGACAAGAUAGAGAGCGAGUCAGCCGCAUCAGCUCCGAGUCAGGGCAGCUGAUCCACGCUGUGCUGCACGGGGGGCAACGGGACAUCAACGUCCUCUGUAUUUACCGGCACCACAGUGAUGCCGAUUUUGCCAUUUUGCAUGAAGCUGCGCUGAUUGUUAGUGUUCUGUUGCUCGACAUGACCGGAGUGUUCACCCAAUUGAUGCAAUUUGGUCUUCGGGAGGGCUUCAAGCCUCCAGUGCCUCCGAAAUUCCAGGUGAUGGAGACCACACCAUCGCACAGAGCUCCUUCCCUCUUGCAUUUCAAAAAUGUAAGGCAACUCCAAGAUGCGCACCGCAACGAUGCACUUCAGAAAUGGCGCGCCCGAAUGCGCGAUCUCCCACAAGCUUGUCAGUGGCUCAGGAAGGAAGAAGAAUUCGCUGCAGAUGUUGUCGCUUUCCUUUCGGCUUAUCAGGAUGACUUCCCUGAUCCAUUGCCCACACCUAAUCUUCCGCCCAUCACAGGAGAGGACACGCUCAGGGCACAUAGGCGGCUUGCAGAGAUGAUGGAUGCCUUUGAGCAACAGGGGGCGUGGCCGGAAGCCACUUGUUACUGGAAGAUCGCAGCCCUGCCAAAGAAAAGGCAUGGCACUUUGCCUUCAUUGGGUGAAGUCAGACCAAUCGCAAUCGGCUCAGCCAUCUAUCGUAUUUGGGGCAGAAUCAGAUUGGGCCAUCUGGCUCCCAUUCUAGCUCAAUAUCUGGAUCGGAACCAGUCGGGGGGCAUCGGCGGAGAGGACGUCUCCUCCCUUCUAUUGACUUUGGACAUCGAUCUUGAUCCCACAAAAUUUCCGUGCCUCAUGGCACUAGAUUUUACCAAGGCAUUUGACUCUUGCGAUUACACUUUGGCUCUGGCCGUCAUGUCCCGGCUUGGCCUUCCUGCCCGUGUGGUCAAUCUUUUGGGAGCACAAUGGCGGCGACAGAAACGUUGGAUGUCUUUUGCAGGGGUGUGUGCGCGGCUCCCUAUCCAAAAUUGUUUGGCAUUACCCCAAGGAGAUCCCUGGUCUCCCAUAGCAAUGUCACUGGUUCUCAUGCUUGCGAAGCGGCACCAAGAGAGGUUGGUUCCGGAGUCCAGAUGCUUGCUGUACCUCGAUGAUCGCACGCUUGUUGCUCCCACUCCCGGCAUCCUGGCCGCAGCUCUUAAUGCUUGGAAUGUGCUCCAUGCCCACACUCGACUCCGCACUAAUUCCAGCAAAACCCAAGUGCUGGGGCGAAAUUGGAAGGGGUAUCUGGCGUUGCAGGCGGCUAAUCUGUCGCCGACUGCCACGGCUGAAGUGCUGGGUGUCACCAUUGGCAUCGCGCCCAGAGCUCAAUCCAAUGCUGAACUGUCCCGUGCCAAAAAAUGUACAACGAUUGCACAGCGUAUUAGUGUUUUGCCGGUAUCCCAAAACUUCCGGGCCGGCCUUGCGGCCCUUACUCUUGCUUCCAAGAGGGUCUGGGGGCUUUUACUUAAUGGAAGAACUCCUACCAAGGGGGAAUGCAAGGCGCACACUGAGGAUUAUCGUCUUGCAGUUAAAGGAAAAUUUUUGGAUGGCAUUGCUUCCAGGCAUUUGGAGAAAGUCUUGUUGCUUGGGCACUCAUCUGACCUCCUUUACCUUUCUUGCCAGCGUCUUUUGAACGCCCUCACUAAGUGGCGUCACCACCAUCCGGGGAAUUGGUCCCACAAGCCUAGUAAUGUGAUUUCGGCUUUGAACGGUGCUCUCUCCAAGCUGGACCUUCAGUGCGACAGCUGGGGCCGCUGGUCCUGGAGUGGGGGGUGGUGGGACUCCGCAUCCCCACCUGAUUUCGCACCUCGCAUGGCACAUUGUUUUCGGCAGUUUUGGCGUGCACGUGAGGUCAAAGGGUGGCUGGCAUCUGACCGCAAUGAUGCCAAGCUGGCCCGGGCAAACAAUUUGGCUAUUUCUGAUAACCUAAUCACUAAGCUUCUCCGGGCGGCCACACAUCUGUCCGCGCAUGAGAUUGGAAUCAUGUCCGGUGCUUUGAAAACUGACGCGAAAGCGUCGUCACCACCUAUGUUUUGCCAUGAAUGUAAGAAACAUCAGUGUCCUGACACUUUCCAUGUGCUUUGGCAGUGUAGCCACUGGGACCACCUGAGACGUGUCCCUCCCAGCAGAUGUCCUUUGGUUAACAGAUUAGGCUGGGGUCCUGAAGGGGUCGACCUUGUUCGUGUGAAACAAUGCGCGCAUAUCCGGGAGCAAUUGUGCAAAGUCCAAGCCGGACGCAACUACUCCCGUCCCGAGCCUUUUGACAUGGGCCAGAACAAUUUGGAUCCUCACAUUGCUCGUGGGGAGGGCGUGACUGCCCUUCCUGUGGUGUAG